AUGGGUUUGUCCGGUUCCAGUCACCACAAGGUAAAGAAAGCACAAAUCCUGAUUCUUGGUCUGGAAGCAGCAGGGAAAUCUACUUUGUUGUAUAAAUUUAAGUUUAAGGAACCUUUUACAACUAUCCCCACAAUAGGUUUUAAUGUUGAAAUGAUCCACACAGAUAAACACUUGCAAUUAACCAUGUGGGAUGUUGGAGGGCAGCAGAAAAUUAGAUCAUAUUGGAGCGAUUACUUGGAAAACAUUAAUGGACUGGUGUAUGUGGUGGACAGCACUAAUAAGCAACAUAUUGAUGAGUCCAAGAAGGAAUUUCAACUCCUCUUGCAGAAUGAACUGAUAAAAGAUGUGCCAGUUGUUUUGCUGGCAAAUAAACAAGACUUGCCUGGAGCACUGAAUGCUGAGGAGAUUACUCGGAAAUUUAACAUGCAGAAGUAUUGCUGUGACCGUGACUGGUACGUGCAGCCAUGUUGUGCCCUCACAGGCCAAGGAUUAGCAGAAGGCCUCAGUAAGGUGACUGAGUUUGUAAAGAACUGCAUGAAGUUAAAAGAAGAAGGACUUAUGUUUCCCAAACAGAGCGUAAGACUUAAAACAUCGCGUCGGGUGUCAUAUAAGGGGAAACCAUGA